AUGAAGAAUCUGUGUAUUUUCACUAUUUCCUUCUGGCUCCUGAAGUUUUCUCUCAUCUUGUGCAGUUUGACUGAACCCCUUUGCUUUUGGAGGAUAAAGAAUAGUGUUGAUAAUGAUGGAGAUUUGAGAAGUGACUGCGGUUUUGUUCUUUUAGCAAUUGACUGGCCUAUAGAAGAUUUUUAUAAAGGCAUUAUCAAUUGCAGCAUACCAGCAAGAAGAUAUGAGGAGUUUUUAGUAAUGUUUUUCGCUACUGAUGAGAUCAACAAGAAUCCUUAUCUUUUACCCAACAUGUCUUUGAUGUUUACCCAAAUUGUUGGCAUGUGUGAAGACACAUUUGGACUUCUGGAUGAAAUCUAUUCACUACAAAAGAACAAUUAUUUUGAUUUUGUUAAUUAUAACUGUGGAAUACAGAGAAUUUGUAAUAUACAACUUACAGGACCAUCAUGGAUGGCAAUCUUAAAAAUGACAAGUUAUUUUAAGAGAGUGAAGUACAUGACAAGGGCUAAGAUAUAUGAUAAACAAAUUAUGACAUCAACUGCAAGGGUUGUUAUCAUUUAUGGUGAAAUGAACUCUACCCUAGAAGUCAGCUUUAGAAAAUGGAGAUAUUUAGGUACAAAGAGAAUCUGGAUCACAACCUCACAAUGGGAUGUCAUCAUAAAUAAAAGAGAUUUCAGCCUUGAUUUCUUUCAUGGGACUGUCACUUUUGAACACCACCACAGUGAGAUUGCUAAAUUAAGGGAUUUUAUGCAAACAAUGAACACUUCCAAGUACCCAGUAGACAUUUGUAAGUGUAUGCUAUGGUGGAAUUAUUUUAAUUGUUCAAUAUCUAAGAACAGCAAUAGCAAAAUGGAUCAUUUUACAUCCAACAAUACAGUGGAAUGGUUAGCACUGCACAAAUUUGACAUGUCCCUGAGUGAAGAAGGUUACAAUUUGUAUAAUGCUAUGUAUGCUGCAGCCCACACCUACCAUGAACUCAUUCUUCAACAAGUAGAGUCUCAGAAAAUGAUAGAAUCCAAGGGAAUGUUCCCUAACUGUCAACAG